CUAAGCCAUUCGGUCACGAAAGCGGACUCUAUACCUUUUAAGACAUAGAUAUUUCGCUGGAAAGACUUCGCACCCCCGGUUCAAAUGCCCCACCCCACCGAGGCAAGGUUCAAAUUCCCCACCACCCGGGCACAGACGAUGGUCAACUAUCCGUAGGUUGCCCGGGGGGGGUGUUAAAGUAUUAUGCGUUCCGAUUGGCACUAACAUUUUUUUGGUAGCAUUCACAUCUAUUCAGCUUCUUCCCAGCUCCCGGUAAAAAAAACCCGACAGGAUCUGAAACGCGGUUUUUCCUUUCAUUUUAGACGAAAACGACGAUAAUGAAGAUUAUUCCGCUUAUUGGGAAGAAUAUAUGAAGAGAUUCCACAUCUUCAUGAAGGGAAAUGGUCGGUAUCCUUUUAAAUACGGAGUUUCGCUGCGGCAACGUCCUCAUAAAGGAAAAGCGAUUCCACAAGAUGUCCGUAUGAAAUUAAUGAAGCUGCUAGACAUCGAGUCCAAGCCCGGAAACUGGAGGUAUCUGGCUGAACGUUUGGGGGCAUCUUACUUAGAUGUACAAUUCCUGGAAAGCCGUAACCGUGAGUCACCAACGCAACACGUCCUCAACGUAUUCGAAACAAUGAACAAGCCUUUAACUUUUCUGAGAGACGUCUUCAUUGACCUUGACCGCCACGAUGUUGUUACUGUGUUAAAUGACGAGAUUAAUUGAUGCCAAAUAGGCCACUGGUCAGGGAAUGAGCCCACACUCCUCCCGCUCCUCCUCAACGAAAUCGAUUGGAUUCGUAAUGGCUGUUUAAGACACAAGACAGCGAGAUCCACUUUGACCUUACCGCACAGACGUUGUUGUUGUGUUAAAUUACGAGAUAAAUUAAUUCCGAGAAGGCCGCUGUUUAGGGAAUGA